CACACAGACGAACCGACAGCCGGGCACAGACCACAAUACUGUGACGGCGCGGAAGUGCCCCCCCUCUACCACCACCACCUCCGCCAGCCGCCCUCAUUCUCCUCUCCCAGAGCUGCGGAACUCCUCCACAGCGCUGUUGUCAAACUGAACUGGCGACCUUGACAGCGCGCCGUGGGGAGGAACUUUACAGGAGUGUGUCCGUGGCUCCCUUUCCGCAGCUUCUCUACAGAGAAGAAAGGAAAGAUUGGAGGAAAAAGUCAGCUCUUUGCUUUGGAGUUACUGUAAGCCGCUGAAGUUUGCAAAGGAAAAGGAAGAAAGGAGAAGGAAACUAGGUUGUGUGAGCAGGGGGAAAGUCUGUGAUCCAUCAGUCAUUACAGGUGCAGAGAUAGAGAUUGGAACUUGAUCCCACAGAGGAUGCUCAAUAGGAAACAUCGCACCUAGUCUGUGAAAGUGGAGCGAACUCGAACUGUAAGACAAACAGACUGUCUGACCGCGUUUCUACUGCAGGUGCUGUUCGCGUUCCGUGCGCUCUGCUUCGUGCGCUCCGACGGACAGCGAGACACGGAGAGACCCACGGGGCUGCAGCAGGAGAGCCGAGCCGGGGUUUCCCGCACCGGGGGAUCAGAGACCAGCACGCCUGGCACUUGUUGUCCACUACGGACGGCUUGGAACAAUGUUGGAGGAGCGCUGGAGCGGAUCGAUGUGGCGCGCCACAUGGAUUUUAUUUCUCCCCUUUCUCAUCCACUCCACACCAGCUCAAGAUGAUGUCCCUCCGUAUUUCAAGACAGAGCCAGUGCGUAGCCAGCUUCACCUGGAGCGCAACCGGUUGGUGCUGACUUGCAUGGCAGAGGGAAGUUGGCCCCUGGAGUUUAAAUGGAUCCACAACAAUACAGAGCUGACACGGUUUUCACUGGAGUACAGGUACCUAAUCCCUUCUCUGGAUCGCUCUCAUGCUGGCUUCUACCGCUGCAUCGUCAGGAAUCGGGUGGGAGCCCUUCUGCAGAGACGCACAGAAGUACAAGUGGCCUUUAUGGGCAGUUUUGAAGAGGGCGAGCGUGCUCAGUCUGUCUCUCAGGGGGAAGGCGCCGUCGUUCCAGCUCCACGGAUCCGGAGUUUCCCACAGCCGCAAGUCACCUGGUUCAGAGAUGGACGGAAAAUUCCACCCAGCAGUCGCAUCGCAAUUACUUUGGACAACACACUGGUCAUCUUGUCUUCGGUGGCACCAGAUGCAGGCCGCUACUAUGUGCAAGCUGUGAAUGACAUCAACGGAGAGAACAAAACCAGUCAACCUAUCACGCUGACUGUUGAGAAUAUUGGCGGUCCAGCAGAUCCCAUUGCUCCAACUAUUAUCAUCCCUCCCAGGAACACUAGUGUGGUCACAGGUACAUCAGAGGUCACGAUGGAGUGUGUGGCCAAUGCAAGACCUCUUAUCAAGCUGAGUAUCUCAUGGCGUAAAAACGGCGUGUUGGUGAGCAGCGGUUUGAGCGACUUCAACCGCAGACUGACCAUCCUCAGCCCAAUGGUGAGCGACGCCGGAUUCUACGAAUGUGAGGCCGUUCUCCGCAGCAGCAGCGUGCCUUCUGUCAGCGCUGGUGCCUAUCUUCAUGUGUUUGAGCCGCCGCAGUUUAUUAAAGAACCAGAGAGACACAUCACAGCCGAGAUGGAGAAGGUGGUGGACAUUCCCUGUCAGGCAAGGGGAGUUCCCCAGCCAGAAAUUGUCUGGUACAAGGAUGCCCUUCCCAUUGAUCCAGUGAAGACGCCGAGGUACAGGGUGCUGGUGGGGGGGAGCCUGCAGGUCAACGGCCUGCUGCCUGACGACACCGGCAUGUUUCAGUGCUUUGCCCGAAACUGGGCAGGAGAAGUUCAGACCAACACCUACCUGGCUGUUACCAGCAUCGCGCCGAACAUCACAGCCGGACCCUCUGACAGCACGGUGAUUGACGGGAUGUCAAUCAUCCUGCACUGUGAGACCUCAGGAGCUCCGAGGCCUGCCAUAACCUGGCAGAAAGGUGAGCGUGUCUUGGCCAGCGGCUCUGUGCAGCUGCCCAGGUUCACUCUGCUCGAGUCGGGCAGCUUACUCAUCUCCCCUUCACACAUUUCUGAUGCCGGGACAUACACUUGCAUGGCAAGCAACUCGAGGGGCAUUGAUGAGGCGUCUGCUGACCUCAUUGUCUGGGCUCGCACUCGGAUUACCACACCCCCUCAGGAUCAGAGUGUCAUCAAAGGGACUAAAGCCAUUAUGACCUGUGGAGUCACACACGACCCCAGUGUAAUUAUCAGGCAUGUCUGGGAAAAAGACGGCUCCGCGAUCAAUGUGCAGUCCAUCCCCCGCAUGCACCUGGACGCCGACGGCACCCUGCACAUUUCCCAGACCUGGUCGGGUGACAUCGGCACGUACACGUGCCGAGUCACCUCGGUUGGAGGCAAUGACUCCCGCAGUGCUCACCUCCGUGUUAGGCAGCUCCCCCACGCCCCGGAGAACCCCACAGCAGUGCUGAGCAAGUCUGAAAAAAGAGCCAUUGACCUGGCCUGGGCCAGGCCUUUUGAUGGGAACAGUCCUCUCAUACGUUACAUCCUGGAGGUUUCUGAGAACAACGCUCCCUGGGCCAUCCUGCUGGCCAAUAUCGAACCAGAGGCCACAGCGGUGACGGUGAACGGCUUGAUCCCGGCCCGCUCCUAUCAGUUCCGCCUCUGUGCCGUUAAUGAUGUCGGGAAGGGGCAGUUCAGUAAGGAGACCGACCGCGUGUCUCUCCCAGAGGAGCCUCCCAGUGCCCCUCCUCAGAACGUAAUUGCCAGUGGCAGGACCAACCAGUCCAUCAUGAUCCAGUGGCAGCCUCCCUCCGAAAGCCACCAGAACGGCAUCCUACGGGGCUAUAUCGUCCGCUACCGUCUCACUGGGCUCCCUGUGGACUACCAGCUCAAGAACAUCUCCAGUCCAGAUGUGACCACCCUGCUGCUAGAAGACCUCAUCAUCUGGACAAACUAUGAGAUCGAGGUGGCUGCCUACAACGGGGCGGGCUUGGGCACCUUCAGCCAUAAAGUCACAGAGUGGACUCUCCAAGGCGUCCCGACUAUCGCUCCAGGAAAGGUGCAGGUCGAGGCGGUCAACUCAACAGCCAUCCGUUUUACCUGGACCGCUCCGAACCCUCAGUUUAUCAACGGGAUCAACCAGGGCUACAAGUUGCUGGCCUGGGAACCUGGCAAAGAAGAAGACGUUUCUAUGGUAACAGUACGACCCAACUUCCAGGACAGCGUCCACGUGGGAUACGUGACCGGUCUGAAGAAGUUCACCGAGUAUUUCACCUCGGUGCUGUGCUUCACUACACCUGGAGACGGCCCCCGCAGCCCACCUAAGGCUCUGAAGACUCACGAGGACACCCCCGGUGCUGUAGGUCACCUGAGUUUUACCGAGAUCCUGGAUACCUCUCUCAAAGUCAGCUGGAGUGAGCCUAGUGAGAAGAAUGGAGUUCUGACAGGUUACCGCAUCUCGUGGGAGGAGUUCAACCGGACAAACACCAGAGUCACCCACUACCUGCCAAAUGUCACCCUGGAGUACAGGGUCACUGGCCUUACCGCUCUCACCACGUACACUAUCGAAGUGGCAGGAAUGACCUCCAAGGGCCAAGGCCUGUUGUCCUCCUCUACUAUCUCCUCUGGGGUCCCACCAGAGCUUCCUGGUCCUCCCACCAACAUUGCGAUAACCAACAUUGGCCCACGCUCUGUCAACCUGCAGUUCAAACCCGGCUAUGACGGCAAAACAUCCAUUUCCCGUUGGCUAGUAGAAGCCCAGGUUGGAGUGGUAGGGGAAAACGAGGACUGGGUGAUGGUCCAUCAGGUGUCAAAUGAACCCGAGGCUCGCUCUUUGGAGGUGCCUGGUCUCAACCCCUACACCUUUUACAGAUUCCGGAUGCGCCAGGUGAACAUCGUGGGCAGCAGUCUUCCCAGCCAGCCAUCCAGGAAGAUUCAGACCCUGCCGGCUCCUCCCGACAUGGCGCCCGCCAACGUCACCCUGCGCACAGCCAGCGAGACCAGCCUCUGGUUGCGAUGGAUGCCUCUGCCUGAAUGGGAAUACAACGGGAACGCAGAGCAGGUGGGAUACAGGGUUCAGUACUACCGCGUUGGCUCGCAGGGCCGCGAGCUGACCCACAUCAUCACCGACCGUCUGGAGAGGGAAUUCACCAUCGAAGACCUGGAGGAGUGGACGGAGUAUGAUGUCAGGGUCCAGGCUGUCAACAGCAUCGGGAUGGGACCGUGGAGCCAGCCGGUCAGAGGCAGGACGAGGGAAUCCGUCCCUUCGUGUGGACCCACCAACGUCUCCGCCUUCGCCACAACCUCCAGCAGCAUCCUGGUGCGUUGGUCUGAAGUCCCUGAGCCCGACAGGAACGGUCUCAUUCUUGGCUAUAAGGUGAUGUAUAAGGAGAAGGAUUCUGACAGCGGCGUCCGCUUCUGGAUGGUGGAAGGGAACGCCUCCCACAGUGCCCAGCUGAGCAGUUUGGGGAAAUACGUGCUGUAUGAGAUCCAGGUUCUGGCUUUCACUCGGAUCGGAGAUGGACGGCCGAGCUCUCCUCCCAUCCUGGAGAGGACUUUGGAUGAUGUACCAGGACCUCCUGUUGGUAUCCUCUUUCCUGAAGUGCGCACCACUUCUGUCCGGCUGAUUUGGCAGUCUCCCGCGCAGCCCAACGGGAUCAUCCUUGCCUACCAGAUCACUUAUCACCUGAACUCCACUAACAGCAACGCAGCAACAGUAGACGUCCUGAACCCCAGCACUCGCCAGUACACCGUGACCAGCCUUAAACCAGAAUCUGUGUACGUGUUUCGCAUCACAGCACAGACCAGAAAGGGCUGGGGCGAUGCCGCCGAGGCCCUGGUUGUCACCACGGAGAAAAGAGCUCGUCCCCAGCCCACCAGCCGCCCCAUAGUCCCUCAGAAGGAUGUCCAGGCCCGUCAGGUGCUGCUCUCCUGGGAGCCAGGCAGUGAUGGGCUGUCCCCAGUACGUUACUACACCGUGCAGCAGAAGGAACUACCUGAGAACAACUGGACGGUCCACUCUGCCUCCGUCAACCAUGAAGCAUCAUCCUACAUUGUGUCCAAGCUUAAACCCUUCACUUCCUACCAGUUUAGAAUAAAAGCUACCAAUGACAUAGGGGACAGUGAGUACAGUGAGGAGAGUGAAGCUAUCACAACUCUACAGGAUGCACCAGACGAAGCGCCAACAAUCCUCUCUGUCACGCCGCACACGACGACGUCAGUGCUGAUCCGCUGGCAGCCACCUGCCGAGGAGAAAAUCAACGGAAUCUUACUGGGGUUUCGGAUUCGCUACCGUGAGCUGCUGUAUGAUCGUCUCCGGAAUUACAUUCAUCCAGUCAACAGUCUAUCUUCGUGGGCUGAGCUAAACGCUCCCUACACCAUCCGGAAUCUAAGUGAUCCAACUCUCACUCAGUACGAGCUUGACAAGCUAAGCAAACACAAACGCUAUGAGAUACGCAUGAGCGUGUACAACGCUGUGGGCGAAGGGCCGGGCAGCCCACCCCAGGAGGUGUUCGUUGGGGAGGCAGUCCCAACAGCCCCACCUCAGAAUGUUGUCAUUCAGUCAGCAACGGCUACCCAGUUGGACGUCACAUGGGAUCCUCCACCUGUGAACGCACAAAACGGAGACAUCCAGGGCUACAAGAUUUACUUUUGGGAGUUCCAGCGUAAGAACGAGACAGAACGGCUGCGGACUCUCUUCAUGCCAGAGAGGGGCGUGAAACUGAAGAACCUGACUGGUUACACCACAUACAUGAUCAGCGUGGCCCCCUUCAACGCUGCAGGCGACGGACCCCGCAGCCCUCCGACCAGGGGACGCACUCAGCAAGCCGCGCCAAGCGCUCCGAGUUUCGUCCACUUCAGCGAGCUGACCACCACCUCGGUCAACGUGUCCUGGGGCGAACCCAUCUUCCCCAACGGCAUCAUUGAAGGCUACCGCCUGGUGUAUGAGCCAUUGACACCUGUGGAUGACCCCUCAGUGGCCUGUGCCGGCUGUCUUCAAUCCCCCUCCCCCCCAGGCGUCAGUAAGACAGUUACGGUGGAUGUGAAGGGGAGCGGCCCCCUCUGGUUGAAACUCAGAGACUUGGCUGACGGCGUCACGUACAACUUCCGCAUCCGGGCCAAGACCUUUAUCUAUGGGCCAGAGGUGGAGGCCAACAUCACCACCGGACCAGGGGAAGGAGCCCCAGGACCACCUGGAGAGCCCUUUAUAACACGCUAUGGUUCAGGCCUGACCAUUCACUGGACCGGCGGUGACCCAGGACGAGCUCCUAUAACGCGCUAUGUCAUCGAGGCUAGACCUUCAGAUGAGGGUUUGUGGGACAUCAUAAUCAAGGAUAUCCCAAAGGAUGCAACAUCACAUACAUUCAACAUGGAUCUACUUAAACAAGGCGUCAGCUACGACUUCCGAGUAAUCGGAGUGAACGACUACGGAUACGGCUCUCCGAGUCCGCCUUCCCCCUCUGUAUCUGCUCAGAAAGUGGCCCCGUUUUACGAGGAGUGGUGGUUCCUCGUCGUCGUGGCGCUGGUGGGACUCAUCUUCAUCCUGCUGCUGGUUUUCAUCCUCAUCAUUAGGGGACAGAGCAAGAAAUAUGCAAAGAAGUCCGAAUCAGUGUCUCUCUACGUGUGUCCAGGUAACAACUCUAACUGCAAUGCGCUGACCCACGGGGACAUGGUCAGUCUCGAUGAAGGCCGCUUCCCCGCUCUGGAGCUCAACAACCGGCGGCUGUCAGUAAAAAACUCUUUCUGCCGGAAGAACGGCGUCUACACCAGGUCCCCACCCAGGCCCAGUCCAGGAAGUCUUAACUACUCAGACGAGGAUGUGAGCACCAAAUACAAUGACUUGAUCCCCGCGGAAAGCACCAGCCUGACUGAGAAACCCUCAGAAAUCUCUGACUCACAGGAGGCGCUGGUGUUUUCAUAUGGAACAGGUGGCCUACAUACACUUCCACUGCAUUUGGGCAGCGACAGUGAGUACGAGGUUGACCCGAACCGACAGAAGACCCAUUCCUUUGUCAACCACUACAUAAGCGACCCCACCUACUACAACUCCUGGCGCCGCCAGCAGAAGGGAAUAUCCCGAGCGCAGGCCUACAGCUUCACCGAGUCUGAGUCGGGAGACCCGGAGCACCAUGCCCCACCACCGCUGCCUCCUCUACCCCCACUGCCACCGCAGCUCAGUACGCCCAGCCCUCAGCCUCAACAGGCCCAGGGUCAACCCCAGGGUCAAGGCAACCUAUUUAGGCCCAAAGGAAGUCGGACUCCCACCCCCUCCCAGCAGAGCUCCAACCCCCCCAGCCAGCAAAGCACCCUGUAUAGGCCCCCCAGCAGCCUGGCCCCUGGGUCACGGGCUCCUAUUGCUGGCUUCUCCUCCUUUGUGUAAAAAAAAAAAAAAAAAAAAAAGAAAAUGCUGAAAAGGACCAAACUUUCUGGAAGCAUCAACCCGUGUUGAACAACACGGCAUCGGAAAAUGAUAAAUCAGCCCGAUUAAUCAAUCAGCCGUCUCUCGCCUCUUAUGAUGUUUUCUUUAGGUCUCAUGUUACUUCUUUAGUUCUGGAUAAAUGCAGACUUUUCAGAGCACUUUCUUGUUUUCUUUUUUUUUUUUUUUGCGUGUGGAAGUGUGCCAUUGUAGAAUCUAUUUUUGCUUUCACCAGUUGUUUCAGUCACCAAACUGCUUGCAUGAUUUUGCGUCUAAUUAUUUUUUUCUACUUUUUAUGUUCUUUAGAAACACACUCAUCAGUAACCUCUGUACAGAGUCACGAGUCUUGGAAAUCACAAAACAUUUACUCUCUCUCUCUCUCUAUAUAUAUAUAUAGAUAAUAUAUAUAUAUACAACAUAUAUAUAGUGGAGACAACAGGAAGAGAAAAGUGAGUUGGUGGACAUAAUCGUCCCCAUUGAUGGAAACGUGAUGAAGAGAUAAGACUCAUUUGUCUCCAUGUGUAAACGAAAUAUGAAGGAUAAAAAAAAAAAACAGGACUUACACCAAAACAACAAAACUUUUUUCGCAUUUGGUCCUGGAAAGUUUUAAACGGACAUCGAAGAUGCAAAUCUGCGUUACUGCGGAACCAACUCUUUGGUCUAAGAGCACACACGCGUGUGCCCGAAAAGCAAACGGCGUUUUGCUACACUGGGUCAACGGUGACUGCGCUGUGCCUGAGGGCGCCUCCACAUAGAUGAAAUGCGUGUACGUCUGUUUAACCCGAGAAGGUUUCAAGUCUUUUUGUGACCGUGUUACAGUGGAACAAAGCUGCCUUGAUGGAAACACACUUAUUUAUGACACCUGGCACCAGUUGGGACCACACGUGAUCGUGGCAUCCUCCUCUACGGGCUGCGAGAGCCUCCUUUUACUCCCAACAGAUGGAAACACUUUGAUAUUUAAGCCGACGAGGUGAAGAUCUGAAAGUGUGUGGACACAUUCGCUAGAAGUGCUUAGCUGUGAUUUUGUUAAGAAAAAAAAGGGAAAAAAAAAAAAGAUUUUCAUUUGCUCUCCAUGUUGCUUUCCCCACCCCGCCGCGGAUCACUAUCGCUGGGCAGCGAUGAGCCUGUCCAACAGAUGAUGUCAUUGAAUUGCCUCACUUUUCUUCCUUUUGUGUAAAUCGGCCACUCUGUGCUCUCCAGGUGUGACUUUGCUCCAAAGCGUGUGCGUGUGCAUGAGUGUGUGUGGAUGAUUACACUUUGUGUGCGUCAAGCUUUACGGAUCAUUCACUGUAAGUCUGUGUAUAAACGGAUCGUCCCGCAGCAGCUUUAAGCCUGCCUGGAGUUUUGCCACUAAAGGGGUGAAACUAUAGAGGCAAACCCACAACGCUAUAGUGAUGAAGACUCGGUGAUGUGUUGCUAGUUACCCAAGUUCAAAAAGAAAAAAAACUUGUCAUCUACUUGUUCCUUUUAGGGUUUUUUUUUUAAUGUGGGGUGAUUUCAUUGUACGCAACAAUUAUCUUAUCAUGCUUAUCAUGCAGAAUCUGAAUGAAUAUAUUAUCACAGUACAUUUCUGAAAUAAAUUAUUUUUCAAUGUUA